AGUUAAAAAAAAAAAUUGGAAGAAAAACAAAACAAACUUUACAUUACAAAAAAAAAACAAAAUAAACUUUCUUUUUUUUUCCGAAGGGGAAAUCCAAGGAACCUUAUAAACGGCGCCGUUUAAGUCAAAGUCAUUUGUUAAAGACCUGGACGUUUCUCGCGAGACGAGACGAGAAGAUUAAUUAGUUAUAAACAAAUCUUAAUUAAUUAUUCGAUAAAUUAAACUAAUUUAAUUAAUUAUGACGAAACUCGCGGGAAAACUUUGUAUAGGACUCCCUGAGAAAGCGGACGUGGUUUCGACAGCUAAACCCAAACCCAAAAAAGAACCUGACGAAAAAGUUUCAAAAUAUUCCUGGAAAUUCUGGUAUUCUCUGCAACCGUUACAGGUAGGAAGAGGGGAAGCGAAUAUCCUCUGUAGAAAAUUUCUGGGAAAACUUUCUAGGGCUUUGAACAGCCCAAAAGAACAGGGAAAUAGAUUUCUGGGUUCCUGUUUUUUUUGGGUUGCUUUCUGUCUCUUUUGCAAGUACGGUGAUUUGAAGUUCGAUUCAUCUUUCCAUCAAAAAGCAAAAAAGAAAAAAAAAUCCAUUCUUUCUGGUGAUGCAAAGGUUUUGGGCAGAUGGAUUUUCCCCCAUUACCCGAAUCUGGUUUUGAAACUCCGGGUUUGAGAUAAUUUUGACGAUGGUGAGAUUGGAGAUUGUUCACGUUUGGAUUGAUUCGGUUGAUGUUUAGAUAUGGGUUCGAAUGCGCGGAGGAAAUUCCUCGAUCCUUGAAGAACAAGAAUCCCUCUUUUCAGAUUCAUUUUUUCAGCUGUCAUAAUCUUGACCCUACCAGAUUCUUUUGGCUCUGAGAGAUCUUGGGAAUAUUACUAUAAAUGGAGCAGUUCAGACAGAUCGGGGAGGUACUAGGAAGUCUGAAUUCGCUUAUGGUAUUACAAGACGAGAUCUUGAUCAACCAAAGACAGUGCUGUCUGCUGUUAGAGAUCUUCAGUUACGCUUUCAACACAGUUGCAGAAGAGAUCAGACAGAACCUGAAGCUGGAAGAGAAUCACACCAAAUGGAGAGCCCUUGAACAACCAUUGAAGGAGCUCCAUAGGGUUUUCAGAGAAGGAGAGUUAUACGUUCGGUACUGUAUGGACAGGAAAGCUUGUUGGUGGGCCAAAGUCAUGAACCUUCACCAGAACAAAGACUGUGUCGAGUUACACAUACACAACUUGCUCUGUUAUUUCCCGGCAGUGAUAGAAGCCAUCGAGACAUCCGGGGAGAUCUCUGGUCUCGACCCUUCCGAGAUGCAGAGGAGGAGAGUUGUGUUGUCGAGAAAAUAUGACAAAGAGUGGAAUGACCCUAAGCUUUUCCAAUGGAGAUUCGGUAAGCAGUAUCUUGUGCCGAAGGAGAUUUGCAGCCGGUUUGAGCAUUCGUGGAGAGAAGAUCGGUGGAAUCUUGUGGAGGCAUUGCAAGAGAAGAGAAAGUCGGAUAGUGACGAUCUAAGCAGGAACGAGAAGCGUCUAGCUGAUUUGCUUGUGAAGAAAAUAACCGGGUUCGAGCCAUUUAACGGAAAGGUCUUCCCUAGUUGGGUACUGGUUGGAUCUAAGGAUUACCAAGUGAGGCGGCGGUUAGGAGCGGGUGGGCAGUACAAGGAGAUUCAAUGGCUGGGUGAUAGUUUUGCAGUGAGGCAUUUUUUCGGGGAUCUCGAGCCAUUAAGUUUGGAAAUUUCCUCUCUGUUAUCCCUUUCCCACCCGAAUAUACUCCAGUACCUCAGCGGGUUCUACGAUGAAGAGAGGAAAGAAUGUUUUCUGGUUAUGGAGUUAAUGCACAAGGAUUUGCUAAGUUACAUGAAGGAACAUAGCGGGCCUCGAAGGAGAUAUCUGUUCUCCAUUCCCGUCGUGAUUGAUAUCAUGCUGCAAGUCGCUAGGGGUAUGGAGUAUCUCCAUUCGAAAGAUAUCCUUCAUGGUGAUCUGAACCCGACUAAUAUUCUUUUGAGAGAGAGGAGUCACUCUGAGGGUUAUUUUCAUGCCAAGAUUUCCGGGUUUGGUCUAUCUUCCGUCAAAAUGCAGUCUACUCGGUGUUCGACGAGACCAAACACACCAGAUCCCGUGAUUUGGUAUGCACCCGAGGUUCUAACCGAACUUGAACAAGACCCUUAUGGUAUCCCGAGGUCAAAGUUCACGCAUAAAGCUGAUGUGUAUAGCUUUGCGAUGGUAUGUUUCGAGCUCAUAACGGGUAAAGUUCCAUUCGAGGAUGGCCACCUUCAAGGUGAGAGAAUGGCGAAGAACAUCCGGAUGGGAGAGAGGCCUCUUUUUCCAUUCCCUUCACCGAAAUACCUCGUGGAUCUAAUCAAAAGAUGUUGGAGCUCAGAACCAAGUCAGCGUCCAACGUUCUCUUCCGUCUGCCGAAUCCUACGUUACAUCAAGAAGUUUCUAGUCGUAAACCCGGAUCAUGGUCAUCCACAAAUGCAAAGCCCACUUGUCGAUUGCUGGGACUUGGAAGUAAGAUUCUUAAGGAUGUUUCCGGUAGAAGGGCAUGCGAAUCCCGUGACCCAGAUCCCGUUCCAGAUCUUCGCGUACAGGGUUGCCGAGAAAGAGAAGACGUUUCCAAGUUCGAAAGAAGGCAAUUCAGAAGCGAGUGAAACUUCUGAAAGCGUUUCAAUGGUGGAAGAUCCACCAGUGCCAUUGAGAGACACAAAGUCAUUGUGUUUAGAUACAAUAUCUGAAUACUCCGAUACAAGAUCCGUUUACUCGGAGGCUCCCGCCAAGAAGAUCCCGGCCUUGAGGAAAAGCAGUGACAUUGGUAAAUUCAGAAGAAGCCCGAGCACAGGAGCAUCAAAGUUGAGAUCCAGUGGAAUUUCGCCCAUAAAAGGAAGAACAUCACCAAAAGCAUUAACGUUGAGUCCAUUCGGAAGAAGCAGCAGCUGCAGGGGAAGGAAAGAUAAUAGGUUGGCAUUGAGCCCAAUGAGCCCUUUGAGCCAUGGAAGACGGAGACAACCUUAUGGCCAUGCUUCUGACCUCGACCUGACAUAACCUUCCAUUUGAAACAGAAACUUAGUCUCAGACUUCAAAAAAAAAAAAAAAAAAAGAACACAACCACAACAAAAGGAGAAGAGGGUUUUUAUUUGGCGAGAUCUUUGCAUACACUUCUGUCUGUAAAUUGUGUCUGUUUAGAAACUUUUCUUGGACUUCGGCUCUAAGUUUUGUCCAUUUUGUAGGUUCUGCAAAUUGCUUUUUUUUUGUUCUUUUUGGGUUGGGCUUAAUCAAGAACACAUUCAUUAUCCCUUUUUGUUUCUUGUAUUAUUGUUGUAUGCUGUAAUAAUCGUUUUCGUCUA